UUAUUUGACCACCACGAGAUCACACCAUUACCAACCAUAAUUACUCAUAUACAUAUUUUUAUGAUAAGACCAGCCAACAUAGUCUUGGAGCAGACAAUGGAGCUUCCUUUGUUUGCAGUGCUUCAAAGAACACCACGAGUUGCAGUUAGAUUAUCACUUAUUCUAUUUUCCCUCGCAAUAGUCCCUGCUUUAUAUUCUCUCCUCUCCAAUCCAAUCUUAUUACCUCUAUCUAUCUCAUCACCCGAGACUGAUGGUCCCCUUCCAUCGGAUCAUAUGCAUCUCAGUCAUCUGAAUUCUCCAUCUGUUCGGAUUCUACCACCCGUGAAUAGUCCCAUUCCAGCUCCACCAUAUCAUACAAGACAUCGGAAGUCUUCAUAUCACUCAACCCCAGUCACAACGCCAACAACAUCAAGAACGCAGAUCAGAGAUGAUGAGCAGAGGUGUGAUCUUUUCAAAGGGGAAUGGAUACCGAACGAAGAAUCUCCAUACUAUAACCACACGACUUGCUGGGCGAUACAAGAGCACCAGAACUGCAUGAAGCACGGGAGACCAGACUCAGGGUUCCUGAGAUGGAGGUGGAAGCCAGACGGCUGCGACCUCCCCGUCUUUGAUCCUCAGGAGUUCUUAGAAAUGGUUAGAGGGAAAUCUAUGGGGUUUGUUGGUGAUUCCAUUAGCAGAAACCAAGCCCAGUCUCUCUUGUGCCUUCUCUCUAGGGUGGAAUAUCCUGAAGACAUUUCUUCUUCACCAGAUAAAGCUUUUAAAGUAUGGAACUACACAUCCUAUAACUUCACUCUACAUGCCAUGUGGUCACCGUUUCUAGUGAAGACUACUAAAGCUGACCCUACAGACCCGGAGUGCAACCUCUUCAACCUAUACCUAGACGAGUAUGACAGCAAGUGGACGAGUCAGAUCAACCGGCUUGACUACCUGGUUAUAUCAUCAGGCCACUGGUUUUACCGGCCUGUUAUCUUCUACGAAAAUGAAACAAUCUCCGGAUGCCAAUACUGUGCGUUACCAAACACAACUCAGCUGCCUUUGUACUACGGAUACACGAAGGCUUUAAGAACAUCUCUAAGAGCUAUACUCGAAAAUUUCAAGGGUUUGGCAUUUCUGAGGAGUUUUUCUCCUCAACAUUUCGAAGGUGGACCGUGGGACAAAGGAGGGGACUGUGUAAGGACACGACCAUACAGAAGAAACGAGACGAUACCCGAAGGUGCAGAUCUCAAGAUUCACGACAUUCAAGUAGAGGAGUUCCGAGCUGCAGAAGAAGAGAUGAAGAAGAAGCAGGGUUUGAGACUGAGGUUGAUGGACACGACACAAGCAAUGCUACUUCGACCAGAUGGACAUCCUGGGAGAUAUGGACAUCUGCAGACCGCCGCAGAGAAGGAAAUCUUGAUGAAAACGAGGACGUGCAAAGCCACAAAAGCUGACCUGAGAUACAUGAGCCUUGUUUGGGUGUCAGUUCUUGUAGCAGUUGAAUAUGGAAGCGUUUCCCUCGACGACGUCAAAGCUCUCAUAUCUUCUCCACAAUCUCUCUAACUCCAUCCGAAUGAAUCUCACCAACAAUCCCCUCUGCUUGUGCCCUGAUAGGAAUAUCAAAGGGUUCUGUUAAGAGACAGAGACAGUAGA